AUGGCCUUCAUUCUCAGAAGAACCCUGUUUGGGAAAAGUGUGCCGCAUGUUCUGAGCACAGCAGUAUUUGGCACCUCAAAGAACCUCAUCCCAGAGUCAUGCGCUCUCAGAAUGCUUCACGUUGGAGCCCGAGCCUCGCUGACGAAGGUUUUCAGUGCCAGAGACGUCGCACUUUUUGCUGAGCUAACAGGAGACACGAACCCGCUCCACACUGACCCUGAGUUUGCCAAAAAGACCUCGUUUGAAGCUCCCAUUGUUCACGGCGUGCUGAUUAAUGGCCUCAUCUCAGCAGUUUUGGGGACCAAAAUGCCCGGCAAAGGCUGUGUGUUUCUCUACCAGGAAAUUCGCUUCCCAGCACCUUUGUUUGUCGGGGAGGAGGUGGUCGCUGAGGCAGAGGUGAAGAAGAUCAAAAUGUCAUUUGCUUUCAUUUCUGUUUCCUGUUCUGUCAGAGAUAAAGUGGUGAUGGAGGGGGAGGUGAUGGUCAUGAUACCGGAACAUAUGCAGGGGACUUAGAUAUUAUGAAACUUAGAUAAAGGUUCUUCUUGUAUGGAUUGUUUUCCUAAAACAGCAAACCCAAAUGUGUUUAAUUCCUUAUUAAACUCUAUUAUCACCUGACUCCCCUUUACAUUUGGGUCACACCCAAAUUAUGAUGUCCAAACCUGCAAAUUUUGGACACCACAUGAUAAGUUGUCUUAGUUGUUUUAAGAGCAUUUUCAUUUAGGUCUUUAAUGCCACAUUUAAAAAUAGUGCUAUUAGUUCAGUUGCUAUCAUUUGUUAUUGAGUGUCUUCUAAUGUAGGAUAAUUCCACAUCACUCACUUAUGUGUGUUGGUAUGUUGUAUGGUGGCUUAAUUAAGCUUUCAAAAUAAAAAUAGACGCCAUAUCUAAAAA